ACAAUUUUUUGCAGAUGACAACUACUCAGAACACUGCUUCAGUGCAAUGAAUUCUGUCACAAGACACUCAAAUGCUGGGAAGAAUGGAUAAGUAUGAGAAAAUCUGUAAAAUAGGGGAAGGUUCUUAUGGUGUUGUCUUCAAAUGUCGCCAUAAAGAGCUCAAUCAAGUGGUGGCCAUAAAAAAGUUUGUUGAGAGUGAAGAAGACCCAUUAAUCAAGAAAAUAGCUCUGAGAGAAAUUCGUAUGCUCCGUCAGUUAAAACAUCAUAACUUGGUUAACUUGAUUGAAGUUUUCAAGCGCAAAAGAAAACUUCAUUUGGUAUUUGAAUACUGUGAUCACACAUUGCUGAAUGAGCUUGACGCCAACCCCAAUGGUCUUGAUGAAACAACUAUUCGAAAGACCAUGUGGCAGACUCUGCAAGCAGUGAACUACUGUCACCAGCAUAAUUGCAUUCAUAGGGAUGUCAAACCAGAAAACAUACUUGUUUGCAAGGAUGGAAUAAUAAAACUGUGUGAUUUUGGGUUUGCAAGACUUAUGAAUCCUGGUGAGGAGUACACUGACUAUGUAGCUACCCGGUGGUACAGAGCUCCCGAACUUUUGGUUGGAGACACACAAUAUGGCCAGCCUGUUGAUAUCUGGGCUAUUGGAUGUGUGUUUGCUGAACUUGUCAAUGGUCAAGCUUUAUGGCCUGGACGUUCUGAUGUGGACCAGCUAUAUCUCAUCAGAAAAACACUUGGAGACCUUACUCCUCGUCACAUGCAGAUUUUCAGGAGCAAUCAAUUUUUCCAAGGAAUGUCUAUUCCUGAUCCAAAUACUCUUGAACCUCUUCAUUCAAAGUUUCCAAACCUCAACACCACAUGUUUAGAAUUCAUGAGGGACUGCCUGGUGCUUGAACCUUCCCAGAGACAUACCUGUGAGGAGCUAUUGGAAAGCUCCUACUUCGAUAAUUUUAGAGAGUGGUUCGAACCUGAACUUGCUCGACUAAUUGCCAACCGUGAAAGUAAAGAUAUGUUUAAAGAUAAGAAAGGAUCCAAAGGAAGAAAGCCUCGCCAGCGAGACGGAAAGUCUCACCUACCACAAAUCACUACUCCGAAUCCUCACAGCAUCGAUAGUUCUCAAAGCCCCUGUAACGAUAGCGAGAAAGGAAAGUAUAACACAUUUGACCACCUACCUUCUAUCUAAAGACUCUAACAUUUCUUGGUGAAGUUGUUAAUUGUUAAUCCGUAAUGCUAGCUACUAAUUCAUUUGAUAAUCAUAUAACUAUAAUACUAUUGAUUUGACCUUUCUCAGAGUGCAUGUUAAUUGUAAUGCAAAUGAUUUUCUUGUUGAUUAGAUUUUUGUUUAAACGAAAGUAGAAGAUUGAUAAUGAAUUCUAUUUUAGAGAGGUGUACUCAAAUUUUCUUGAUAACAGAUGUAACAGUAUAGUCUGUGGAUGUGAUCUACAGAAAAGAGUAGUUAAAAAUUAACUAAACAACCAAUUCUAGUGCUUUCUCAUGAAUAAUUGUAGCUUACAAUCAUCUAGUGAAAGUAAUCAAUUAUAUAUGAGUCCGUUACACUAUCUUAAAUAACUUCAACUAAAUUGUAGUAGAAAUUUUAAUUCAUAUAAUAGUUCUUGUCAGCAGUAAUUUUAUCUAAUUUAUUAUUUUUCAGAGUUUAUUUAACAAAGAUUUGAACAGAGCAUGUUUUGCUUCUAUGUAAAAAAUGUAAGAUAAUUUUCUACUCACAACAAGUUUAUAUUGUCUGUAAUAAUUGCACAUGUACAUAUACAUAUAUAUCAUUAAUAUAAUUUAAGAAAUGGUAUGCUUGAAUGAUAA